UGUGGCUCAGGAGAGAGGGGUGCAGGCGGCUGGCGCGAUGCGCGGCCAGAGAAGGCGUCCGACGGCUGCCGGGCGCUGAGCCGGCGGGGCGGGGCGGCCGGCCCCGGGAAUGGAGUGCGGGGGUGCAGAGCCUCGGGACGUUCGGUGUGCGCCUAGUCCGAGUCCGCGGCGCGCCUGAAGUUGCAGCCGGCGAGCGGCGAUCGGGCUGCCCGAGGGACCGGAGAGCGGCCGGCGCACCGCGGAUGAGCCUUCGUGCCGGCGGCGAGACGCGGCGGUGGCCAGGGCCGGAGCAGGCGGCCUGCGGGGGCCGAUCCGGCGGAGAAGAGAGCCCGAGGCGCGGCGGGGCGUCGCUCCAUUCACGCACACGAAGCCAUGCGGUGCCACGUUGCUACCGGCUGCCCUGUGCUCUGGCUUCUCCUGCUGGUCUCUGGAUGCUGGGGUCAGGUGAACCGGCUGCCCUUCUUCACCAACCACUUCUUUGACACGUACCUGCUGAUCAGCGAGGACACGCCUGUGGGUCAGGUGAACCGGCUGCCCUUCUUCACCAACCACUUCUUUGACACGUACCUGCUGAUCAGCGAGGACACGCCUACCAAGUCUGAGUUCACGGUGGAGUUCUCCGUCAGCGACCACCAGGGGGUGAUCACACGGAAAGUGAACAUCCAGGUGGGGGACGUGAAUGACAACGCACCCACCUUUCACAACCAGCCCUACAGCGUGCGCAUCCCUGAGAACACACCGGUGGGGACGCCCAUCUUCAUCGUGAACGCCACGGACCCCGACCUGGGCGCGGGCGGCAGCGUCCUCUACUCCUUCCAGCCUCCCUCCCAGUUCUUCGCCAUCGACAGCGCCCGUGGCAUCGUCACCGUGACCCGGGAGCUGGACUACGAGGUCACGCAGGCCUACCAGCUCACCGUCAACGCCACGGAUCAAGACAAGACCAGGCCUCUGUCCACCCUGGCCAACCUGGCCAUCAUCAUCACGGACGUCCAGGACAUGGACCCCAUCUUCAUCAACCUGCCUUACAGCACCAACAUCUAUGAGCAUUCUCCUCCGGGCACCACCGUGCGUGUGAUCACCGCCAUUGACCAGGAUAAAGGACGUCCCAGGGGGAUUGGCUACACCAUUGUUUCAGGGAACACCAACAGCAUCUUCGCCCUGGACUACAUCAGCGGGGCGCUGACCUUGAACGGCCUGCUGGACCGCGAGAACCCCCUGUACAGCCACGGCUUCCUCCUGACCGUGAAGGGCACAGAACUGAAUGAUGACCGCACCCCAUCUGAUGCCACUGUCACCACAACCUUCAACAUCCUGGUCAUCGACAUCAAUGACAAUGCCCCAGAAUUCAACAGUUCCGAGUACAGCGUGGCCAUCACCGAGCUGGCUCAGGUUGGCUUUGCCCUCCCCCUCUUCAUCCAGGUCGUGGACAAGGAUGAGAACUUGGGCCUGAACAGCAUGUUCGAGGUGUACCUGGUGGGGAACAACUCCCACCACUUCAUCAUCUCCCCCACCUCGGUCCAAGGGAAGGCGGACAUCCGCAUCCGGGUGGCCAUCCCCCUCGACUACGAGACUGUGGACCGCUACGACUUUGAUCUCUUCGCCAAUGAGAGUGUGCCCGACCACGUGGGCUACGCCAAGGUGAAGAUCACCCUCAUCAACGAGAAUGACAACCGGCCCAUCUUCAGCCAGCCACUGUACAAUGUCAGCCUGUACGAGAAUGUCACCGUGGGGACCUCUGUGCUGACAGUCCUGGCAACCGACAAUGACGUGGGCACCUUUGGGGAGGUCAGCUACUUCUUCAGUGAUGACCCUGACAGGUUCUCCCUGGACAAGGACACGGGACUCGUCAUGCUGAUCGCCCGGCUGGACUAUGAGCUCAUCCAGCGCUUCACCUUGACCGUCAUCGCCCGGGACGGGGGCGGCGAGGAGACCACAGGCCGCGUCAGGAUCAACGUGCUGGACGUCAACGACAACGUGCCCACCUUCCAGAAGGACGCCUACGUCGGGGCCCUGAGGGAGAACGAGCCCUCGGUCACGCAGCUGGUGCGGCUCCGGGCCACAGAUGAAGACUCGCCCCCCAACAACCAGGUCACCUACAGCAUCGUCAACGCCUCCGCCUUCCGCAGCUACUUUGACAUCAGCGUGUACGAGGGCUACGGAGUGAUCAGCGUGAGCCGCCCCCUGGAUUACGAGCAGAUACCCAAUGGGCUGAUCUACCUGACAGUCAUGGCCAAGGACGCCGGCAGCCCCCCUCUCAACAGCACAGUCCCCGUCACCAUCGAGGUGUUUGACGAGAACGACAACCCGCCGACCUUCAGCAGGCCCGCCUACUUCGUGUCUGUGGUGGAGAACAUCAUGGCAGGAGCCACCGUGCUGUUCCUGAAUGCCACCGACCUGGACCGCUCCCGCGAGUAUGGCCAAGAGUCCAUCAUCUACUCCUUGGAGGGCUCCUCUCAGUUCCGGAUCAAUGCCCGCUCGGGUGAGAUCACCACCACAUCUCUGCUCGACCGAGAGACCAAGUCUGAGUACAUCCUCAUCGUCCGAGCAGUGGAUGGCGGCGUGGGCCACAACCAGAAAACGGGCAUCGCCACCGUGAACGUCACCCUCCUGGACAUCAACGACAACCACCCCAGCUGGAAGGACGCCCCCUACUACAUCAACCUGGUGGAGAUGACCCCUCCCGACUCGGACGUGACCACGGUGGUGGCCGUGGACCCAGACCUGGGGGAGAACGGCACCCUGGUGUACAGCAUCCAGCCUCCCAACAAGUUCUACAGCCUCAACAGCACCACGGGCAAGAUCCGCACCACCCACGUCAUGCUGGACCGCGAGAACCCCGACCCCCUGGAGGCGGAGCUGAUGCGCAGGAUCGUCGUCUCUGUGGCUGACUGUGGCAGACCCCCGCUGAGGGCCACCAGCAGUGCCACAGUGUUUGUGAACCUCCUGGAUCUCAAUGACAACGACCCCACCUUUCAGAACCUGCCCUUCGUGGCUGAGGUGCUGGAGGGCACCCCCACGGGCGUCUCCGUCUAUCAGGUGGUGGCCAUUGACCUGGACGAGGGCCUGAACGGGCUGGUGUCCUACCGCAUGCAGGUGGGCAUGCCCCGCAUGGACUUCCUCAUCAACAGCAGCAGCGGCGUGGUGAUCACCACCGCCGAGCUGGACCGCGAGCGCAUCGCCGAGUACCAGCUGCGGGUGGUGGCCAGCGACGCGGGCACGCCCACCAAGAGCUCCACCAGCACGCUCACUGUCCGCGUGCUGGACGUGAACGACGAGACGCCCACCUUCUCCCCGGCCGUGUACAACGUGUCCGUGUCCGAGGACGUGCCGCGGGAGUUCCGGGUGGUCUGGCUGAACUGCACCGACAACGACGUGGGCCUCAACGCCGAGCUCAGCUACUUCAUCACAGAGGGAAACGUGGACGGGAAGUUCAGCGUGGGCUACCGCGAUGCCUUUGUGAGGACAGUGGUGGGGCUGGACCGCGAGACCACUGCCGCAUACACACUUGUCCUGGAGGCCAUCGACAACGGCCCCGUAGGCAAGCGACGCACUGGCACGGCCACCGUGUUUGUCACUGUCCUGGACGUGAACGACAACCGGCCCAUCUUUCUGCAGAGCAGCUACGAGGCCAGCGUCCCCGAGGACAUCCCCGAGGGCCACAGCAUCGUGCAGUUGAAAGCCACGGACGCCGACGAGGGCGAGUUUGGGCGUGUGUGGUACCGCAUCCUCCACGGUAACCAUGGCAACAACUUCCAGAUCGACGUCAGCCACGGGCUCCUGAGGCGAGGCCCCCGGCCGCUGGACCGCGAGCGGAACUCGUCGCACGUGCUGGUGGUGGAGGCCUACAACCAGGACCUGGGCCCCAUGAGGAGCUCCGUCAGGGUGAUCGUGUACGUGGAGGACGUCAACGACGAGGCCCCCGUGUUCACGCAGCAGCAGUACAGCCGCCUGGGGCUCCGCGAGACUGCGGGCAUAGGGACCUCGGUCAUCGUGGUCCGGGCCACGGACCGGGACACUGGGGACGGUGGCUUGGUGAACUACCGCAUCCUGUCGGGCGCAGAGGGGAAGUUCGAGAUUGACGAGAGCACGGGACUCAUCACCACCGUGGACCACCUGGACUACGAGACCAAGACCAGCUACCUGAUGAACGUGUCCGCCACGGACCGGGCGCCCCCCUUCCACCGGGGCUUCUGCAGCGUCCACGUCACCCUGCUCAACGAGCUGGACGAGGCCGUGCAGUUCUCCAACGCCUCCUACGAGGCCGCCAUCCUGGAGAACCUGGCCCUGGGCACCGAGAUCCUGCGGGUCCAGGCCUACUCCAUCGACAACCUCAACCAGAUCACCUACCGCUUCGACGCCCACACCAGCGCCCGCGCCAAGGCCCUCUUCAAGAUAGACGCCAUCACGGGUGCGAUCACCGUCCAGGGCCUCGUGGACCGCGAGAAGGGAGACUUCUACACGUUGACCGUGGUGGCAGACGACGGUGGCCCCAAGGUGGACUCCACUGUGAAGGUGAGUAGCCUGUGGCCUGGCCCCUGCACUGGCCCUUCUGCCUCCCCUUAUGAGAGGACACAUGGACGGGCCUGCAGCAGGCUCUUGCUCAACCCCUGAUGGCCUUCCAGUCUGUCCACUCUUGCACUUGAGGUCCAGGUCCCUCUUGGGCACAUCCCUGCCCCUAGCUCUGGAGUCCCAGUGGGAUCCUGGGAUGAGGCACACUAACAAAGAGUACCUGAGACACACCAAGGAAGGGACACGGAGGCCUUGUCCCAGUUUUGCUCCUCUCUGGCUGUGUGA